CUCUCCCUCUCUUCCCUUUCUAAAAAAAAAAAAAGGAAUUAAAGAAUAAAAAGAAAAAUCCUCUCUUAUGAAAAAAGAAUGACUACAAAAUUUGUUUCAUCCGCAGGCGUUGUUAUAUGCUGCAAUAGGAGGCAGGGCUAAUUAAUGCAGUAGAAUAAAUAAGGGAGGGGCCUUCUCAUCUGUGAAUUACUUGUAAAGAGAAAAGAAGGAGAAUAUGUGCAAGAUGAACAUGUGCAACAUGAAUAUGUACAGGACCGAAACUAAUUGCAGUUCUAGGAUUUGCAUAUCAACUUUUAGGAGACAGUCUCUUUGAGUUUGGUAGAACGCUAGACUUCAUAUUCGUUUUUACAUAAGAAGUUUUGGCUUUAAACUUGUUGAUAGGGAUUGAUCUAGGUAGAAAUGGAAGCUCAGAACGCCACGGUGUUGGAUAGUAAGCCCAGGGUACUGCAUGGCAUGAAGAGAAAGCGGGCAGCGCAGCAUACAACAUAUUUUCCUGGAGCUUCGCAUGUGAUAUCACCACAGUUGCCCAGCUUGAGUUUGUUAUCCCAGAAACAUGGCAAACGGAGGAGAUUUGAAGAUUGCAAAGGCAAAGUUGUGAGUUGUGGUUAUCCUUCAAAAAGAUCUUUGCUGCUUUGCUAUUCAAAUUUUAGGAAAACAGGCAUUCCUAAGCGCAUAAUGUUUUUUGAGAAAGGUGAAUGGACUGAUUUUCCCCAUGAUCUCAUUGCCUCUAUUAGGAAAGAUCUUGAUGCAAAGAAGCCGUUUAUUGAGCUUGAGAUAGAUGGUAAAUCUUUUGUGCUAGACUUCUUGCAUAUGUUUAGACUGGACCGGAGAACUGGCUUGAAACAACCCAUUGCUUGGAUUGAUGAGGCAGAUUUCUGUUUCUUCCCUGAAAUCUUUGCUGUUGAGGAUGAACCAGAUCAGUGCUGCAAACAUGAAUACGAAAAUGAUCAAGAAUCCAUGUUUGGCAAGUCGUAUGCCCCCUCUGAGAUCAAGCUACAGCUUGAGAUUGACAUUAAGGGUGUUGACCAAACAAAAUUGAAGGAAUGUAGUGGGGAGUCAAGUUCUUUUGUUAGACAUCUUCAAAUUGCUCAGAAGCCUGCCUCCAGUCAUUGUGCUGUAGAGGUUGAGGAUAAUUGUGACGGGAAUGCUGAUGCAAAACCCAGCAAAGCUGUUGAGGAUAUUCAACAGACUAGGAUAAGCAUAGUCCCUGAAAAUGAGUUUGUGGAUGUAGAGUUGGAUGAACGGUUGGAUUCAUAUACCGUUGAGAAGAUGUUUCUUAUGGGUAUGAACCCUUCUGGAAGUGUGGAUUUUCUUGAUAUAAAACCUUGCUCCAGUGCUUCAACUCAAUAUCGAUUUGAGCGCUUUCAGAAGCAGGUUCAAAUUAUGAAUAAGUACCGGGGGAAUGCAAAUGUUCGAUAUGCUUGGCUUGCUUCCUCUAAAGCAGCAGUGCCUAUAAUCAGGAUGCAUGGGAUUGGGCAUUGUGGUCUGUCCAAAAUUCCUCUCUUAUAUGGUGCUGGUGUUCAUCUUGCUGCAGCAGAAUUUACGAAUGCCAGUGCAAAGUAUUGUGAUGUUGACGAAAAUGGAGUACAGUACUUGAUAUUAUGCCGUGUAAUAAUGGGAAAGAUGGAGCUUCUUUGCCCUGGAAGUAAACAAUUUCUUCCUAGCAGUGAGGAUGUUGAUAGUGGAGUGGAUGAUCUUCUGCAUCCAAAGUAUUAUAUUAUCUGGAACAUGAAUAUCAACACCCACAUUUAUCCAGAAUUUGUUGUUAGUUUCAAGCUCUCCUCCAUUGCUAAAGGGCAUUUGAGUGGAAGUGAGACUAAUCAUGCUGUUUCAGGCGUCACUGCAUCUUCUCAAGGACUUCAGAGUCAAACACCAGUAGUGGCAUCUGCUGGUGAAUUGGGGACUACUAAUCACAAAACUUCAGAUUCAAGGGGAUCCCAAGAAAACGAUCCUAGCCUCGGUUCAAACACCUCAAAGACCCCUAAAUCUCCUUGGAUGCCUUUCCCUAUGUUGUUUGAUGCUAUCGCAAGUAAAAUUGCUCGUAUAGAUAUGGAACGAGUUACCAGUCACUAUGAAGAUUUCAGGUCUAAGAAGAUUAGCCGUGAUGAUUUUGUCAAAAGGUUGAGAUUAAUAGUUGGAGAUAACUUGUUGAGGUCAACAAUAACGUCUCUGCAAUGCAAGAUACCAUCUAGGCAUGAUUUGGAGGUGGCAAAGCAGAACUUGAAGGGUCGUGGCAGCCUCUGAGUGGCCAUUUUACAUUUUGAUGUGGUUUGGUCUGCUGCAUGUUGACCUCAAGGUGCAGGAGUCGUUUGGUUUGGUGCGUAUCCUUGAACUGUUGGUGCGUGUCAUGGAAAUGCGUCGACAUGAUGUGGUUAUGUUUGAAGGUACUGUAGGCUUAGAUGUGUUUGUCUUAAUGUCGUAUAUGCUAGGUAUCUCUCUAGUAGUGAGGAUUUGGCUAUAUAAACUGAACUCAGGACUUCUGUUUUCACCUUAACUUGUUUCCUAGCCCGUAUCGUAGUUUUUCUUGAUGUGGACAUGCUGCCUUAUCCUAUAAUCAAUAAUUGUUGCCUGGCACUUGUACGGGAUUUCUAUUGGGGGUUUGUAUUCGAUACUGAAGAUGGGAAAAUAUUACUCACCCAAGGAAAAAAAAACUGAUUAGUGGUUUGCUUACCGGCUGGCGCCGGUGACUGGCUACAAUUAGUAACUUGCAUUAUUCGGAAAGAGAUCGGAAAAAGUUAAGUGAU